CCGAAACCCGCCGGGCGUCGCGUGACCGGAAGCGCGGUGACGUCACUGUUUGCGGAAGUGCCGGUGCGGAGCCGGGACGCGGUGCGGGUGCUGGCCAAGGACCUGGUGCGCACGCGGCGCUACGAGCGCAAGUUCAUCGCCAUGAGAGCCAACGUGCAGGGGGUGGCACUGCGGGUGCAGACCCUGCGCUCACACAGCGCCAUGGCCAGCGCCAUGCGGGGGGUGACACGGGCCAUGGCCACCAUGAACCGGCAGCUGAAGCUGCCGCAGAUCCAGCGCAUCCUGCAGGAGUUCCAGAAGCAGUCGGAGAUGAUGGACAUGAAGGAGGAGCUGAUGAACGACGCCAUCGACGACGCGCUCGGGGACGAGGACGACGAGGACGAGAGGUGGGGACACGGGGGGACACCUGGGAGAGUGUGGUGA